CAGUUCCCCUGUUAAUGGAGAAGUGAAGGAGUUCACCCUGCUGUCACACAUCUGGCAAGAUGGCUGAAUAUCUUGCCUCCAUUUUUGGAACAGAAAAAGACAAGGUCAACUGCUCGUUCUACUUCAAGAUCGGCGCGUGCCGUCAUGGCGAGCGCUGCUCCCGGCUGCACAACAAGCCCACCUUCAGUCAGACGAUCGUGCUGCAGAACCUGUACGUGAACCCGCAGAACUCUGCCAAGUCGGCCGACGGCAGCCACCUGGCCAACGUCUCCGACGAGGAGAUGCAGGAGCACUUUGACAACUUCUUUGAGGACGUGUUCGUCGAGUGCGAGACCAAGUUCGGCGAGAUCGAGGAGAUGAACGUCUGUGACAACCUGGGCGACCACCUGGUGGGCAACGUGUACGUCAAGUUCCGCCGCGAGGAGGACGCCGACAAGGCGGUGCAGGAGCUCAACAAUCGCUGGUUCGGCGGACAGCCGGUGCACGCCGAGCUCAGUCCCGUCACAGACUUCCGCGAGGCCUGCUGUCGGCAGUACGAAGUCGGCGAGUGUACGCGGUCGGGCUUCUGCAACUUCAUGCACCUGAAGCCGAUCUCGCGUGAGCUGCGGAAGGAGCUGUACGGCCGGCGCGGCCCGUCCUAUGUGGGCGGCGGCCGGCGCCGGUCGCGCUCGCGGGACCGGGACGGCGGCCGCGGCUGGCGCGGGGGUCGCGGCGGCGGCGGUGGAGGGUUCGGCGGCGGUGGUGGUGGCCGGCGCCGCUCCCGUUCGCGGGACCGCGACCGGCGCCGCUCGCGCAGCCGCGACCGUUCGGGCCGCGCCGGCCGGUACUGAGUGGUGCUGCCGGGGUGCGGACCAGGGUCCGUUCGCUGUGCAGAG